CAAAAAAAUGUUUCUUUUUCAAUUUCUAGAUCUACUUAUGAGUAUUGGCAAUAUAUUUUAAAAGUGAAAAAUGGCAUACCUUAUGGACAAAUUAACAAUUACACUUACAAAGGCAGAAAAAUGGUUUGAUGUUAUGAAUAAUUUUCAGGAACUUAAAACUGAUCAAGACCGUAUAACAUUUGUUCUUAAUAUAUUGUGGGAGCAUAAUUUAAUUCCUAAUGAAAUUAAUAAGCUAAAAAAUGCAGAAAAAUCCGAGAAACUGCGAAAACAAGGAAAUGCUAUUUUUGUUGCUUCCAAUUCUAAGCUCUUGUAUUUUACAGUACAAGAGUUAUAUACAGAAAGUAUAUCCUUAGCACCUUAUCCUUCCAGGCAGCUUGCUCUGGCUUAUGCCAAUAGAUCGGCUGUUUUAUUUGAAUUAGACUUCUAUUCUGAUUGUGUUAAGGAUAUUGGUAGAGCAUUGGCCUUAAAUUAUCCUGAUGAUAAGAGGGCAAAACUAUAUAUACGUAAAAUACAAUGUCUAAUUGCGUUAGAAGAUUCGACCGUGAAAAAUAUGAUCAAAAAAACAGAAUAUUGGAUAAAUAAAAUGACAUCAAAUGUCAACAAGUUAAAAUUACAAACUAAGCUAGAUGGAUUACGCCAGAAGAUUGAGCAGAAAAAUGAUCAGUAUAAUCCCAUAAAACCAAACAAAGUAGAAAAUGAACUUCUUCCUGUUAUCAAGUCCUAUAGUAAUGAAAUUCCUUGUGCAUCAGAUGCUAUAGCUUUAAAAUAUGAUGAACACAAUGGCAGACAUGUUGUUGCCACUCGUAACAUUAAUGCAGGUGAAAUAAUUGCCAUAGAAAAAUCUUACCCGAUAUUAACACAAAGGAAACUAAUGUCGCACUGUUCAAAUUGCUUGAGAGAAUGUUUGGCUACUAUACCCUGCAAAUACUGCACUUAUGCCAUGUAUUGCUCAGAACAGUGCAGGAAUAUUGAAUGGAAGAAAUGUCAUGAUGUGGAAUGUGCUAUUUUUUCUAUUAUGGUUACUGAACAAUUUUUCCCUAAUGAUUUUCUUAGCUUGAGGAUUCUUGUGUGUGCUAUAAAAGAAGCUGGUAAUAUACAAGAAUUGAGAACUAUGUUGAAGGACGCUGAUAGAUCUGAUGAUCCAAGAACAAUGGGUUUUUCACCGGAUGGGAAAUUUCAUAGUGAAAAAUAUAUCAGUCUAUAUAGUUUGAUGAGGAAAACUGAGGAAAGAUCAUUUAUUAAUCUUUUUAUGGGAUCUGUAGAUGCUUGUUUUAUUUUGUAUCUUUUAGCACAGCAUACUAAUAUUUUUGGUACUAAGUUACCAGGCAAUUUCAAAGCUUUGGCAAAAAAUGACAAUGCUAUCUUUUUAGGUGGUCUCAUGCUGAGACAUCAUCAAAUAAUCUCAAUUAAUAAUCAUUUGACCUAUGAAGAGCAAUAUUUAAGUGAAGAAGUAUGUGGUAAUGCUAUUUUGCCUUUUUGUAGUCUAUUUAAUCACAGUUGCAAUCCAAAUGUCUUCAGGGUUUCAAGAUCUCAGCAUACUGUUUUGUAUACUUUGUAUCCGAUUCGAAAGGGCGAGCAGCUUCUAGAUAAUUAUGGAUGUCACUUUACCAUGCAACCGAAACUUGACAGACAAAAUAUGCUACUUCAACAGUACUACUUUACCUGUAAAUGUGUACCUUGCCAAGAAAAUUGGCCCCUCCUUCCUGAUUUAAAAUCUUUCGAAACUCUAGCUAUAUCAGCAAAUGACAAGAAAAUGAUACGAAGUGUAUUAAAGAAAUUUUACACGUAUCUUAAUAUGGUAGAGGAAGGUGAUGUCCUGGAUAAGCCUUAUAUCAUUGAAGAUUUGUUAACGAUGAUACGAGUGAUGUAUGAUCGGGUACCGAUUGCUUGCCAGGAGAUGAGUAAUGUGGUGAAAACUUUGAAACAAGUGUAUGCCUUACUGUAUGGUAAUUCAUUCAUCUUGCCAACACAGAAUCAGAACAAGUAAAUGUAUAUUCCUUUACAGUAAUAUUCCUUGAAUGAUAAAAUUUUUUUGUUUUGUUAUAGUCUUGUUAAUGAUAAGCUUGCUAAUUGGUUUUUGUAAAGAGUUUCAAUUAAUUAGCACAUCUAUGUGUAAAGAUUUAUUAACGCACUAUGUGUAGAAAGUUUUAGUUAAUUCGAAAGUUUGAAAUUAAUGUUUAUUUGUUACUUUAACAAAAAGCUCCGAAGUCUUUGUUUCUUAUUCUGCAGUGUUAACAAAAUAACUGCUUAUCUUAGCGGCUUUUGAUAGUAGAGGUUUCAAUAUUUGUACUUGACUAUAAUAUAAUAAAUAUUUACUAAACUUUGUUCACUUUUCUCCUGCAAACACUCAACAAUCCAUCCUAUAAUUUUGCAUGCUGACUCGUAAAAAUCUCAUCACAUAUAAAUAAAUUUUUUCGAAAUCAAAUUUAUUCCUUGCAGAAGAUGAAUAUCUCAA